CCACAGGACCAUGCAUGGACCUUUACAUGUGGGCAUACUGAAGGAGAAACUGCUUGGACCCGGGGCCAGUGAUAGCCAUCUGUGCCUGUAUUUGGCCGGACAUCCUGGGGAUAAAGAGAGAUCCUCUAUGUGGAGGAAGAUCUGGAGAGGAGCUUCCAGGAGCCUGGGGGUGGGGUGGGAGGUCCCCAGUUCCCACUGGCAUGUGCCCAUGUAAAUGUAAAUAGCUGUGCUUGCCCAGGUUUGUGCCUACCGGAGUAUGUGUGUGGCCCCAAGAGUCCUGGGCCUGCAGUGUCCAUUUGAGGCAAUCUGCAUAGCUAGGCACAUGGCCCAGAUGUGAAUUUCUAGGGGCUCAGGGAAGUCAGGAUGCAGAUGGGGUGCACCCAGGAUGACUGCCCAGCUGCAUGGGCACUGGGAGGAGAUGGCCUGGGUUGGGGCAUAAGGAAGCCCAAGAGAGAAAGCCUUCUCCCUUCCCCCCACCCCCGGCAUGAGGGGACCAGUGAAAGGUGGCAGUGGUGUCCCUUAGUCCUCAACCAGGUGACCUGCUAGGCAGGCACUGCAUUGCAAACUACUCAGGAAAGGUCGGGAUCCAGGGCCCAGAGCUCUGCCCUCCCACAGUCUCUGGGCCUCUGCAGUCUGCCUGGCUCAUUCAUCUCCCUGCGGCCACGGCUGCCACACCGCCUCCUGGUAUUGAGCUGUGAGAUGAGAAGGUGUGAAGGAUAUGGGUGCGCCAGGGAGCAGCUGGCAGGCAAGAUGGAUGAGAGGGCAGUGGGGCCAGCAGGAGCCUGGGGCAGGAGGGAGGGCUGCGGGGUGGCCUGCUUUGCACAGUGUGCAUGCGUUCACGUACUGGGUUGUGGGUCCUAUCCGUGAGACUGUAAACAUACAGAAGCCCUACCCACCGCCCUCUCCUGGAUAAGCCUCUGAGUUCAUGAGUGUACAUGUAGACGUGUGAGCUAGCAUGUUUAUGCUCAUAUGUGUGUGUUUCCCAGUAUCAAAGGAAGGCACGCGCACGCACGCGCGCACACACACACACACAGACACACACAGAUACACACACACUCUCAUCAGGGCCCAGCAGAAUCCAGGCUGACCCACUUCUGAGGCUCUGGGCUGAAGAGGAGCUGCUAAGACUGGGACAGGAUCCCCAAACCUCUCCCUUUUCUCUCCUACUUCGCACCCACCACACUGAAUUCUGGGGCAGGCGGUCUGGAGCACCCUGGGAGAUAGAUGCUGGCACCCUUUGACUUGCAGACAGCACUCCUCUCUUGCCUGACUGAAAGCACCGAAGCCAGUGUUAGUGUCCAGCGGAGUGUGUGUGUGUGUGUGUGUGUGUGUGUGUGCGCACGCACGUCUCCAGCCUUCAGGCUGGAGUCUGGGGCUGAGGGGCACUGGGUGAAUGGCAGAGAGGGGCAGGUCUAUCUAGCCUGUGCCCCAAGUGUUACACUGAGAGAAAAGCACCCCUCCAGCCAUGACUUAGGUCCUGCCCCUGUUUGCCCCUGGCAAAGACCUGUUUGAACACAACCUUCUAGCACCAGACUCUGCGGAGGUCUGGUUACUCCCUCGCAAGGCGGGCUGAGGUAAAGUACCGGCCACUAGUCAAGGGAUGCUCUCAACAAAGGAAGCAUGGGCUUAGAGGAAGCCCAACCUCUGGGCAGUGACUAGGUUUCCCUCAGAACAGAUGGGGAAGCUUGGGGGAGGUGCCUGGCAAGGCUGGAGAGGGACCAGUGUGCACGGCGGAUGCUUAGGCUGCCUCAGUCUACCUAAUGGAGAUGACAAGUGACCAUCAUGUGAGGGAUGACCCACGCUGUGCUGCUCUUCAGCUAAGGCUGGAUCAUCACAGGCAGAGAGACUGUUCACUGAAGUCGGGGACACUGAGGCACUGGACUGGCAGGAGAAUCUGAAUAUCUUACCACGCCAUCUGAAACUCUCCCUGCCUCUCUCAGGGACAGGCUUAUGGGGACAAUACCAGUAGGCUGGGGUCUUAGACUAGGAGAGAGGGCACCACCUCUGCACUUAGCCCGCAUCUGCUGCUUCCCCUGCUGCCUCCCCUUCAGCCGUUCCAUCUAGGCAGAGCCUGGCCCCUGUGGACCCCAGGCUGUCCUCAAGAUGGCCCCCGCCCCCACCUGCACUGGGGCCCAUUGAUCAGGAAUAGCUGGGGGCCUCUUAGCUGGAGAAGGGAGAGAGAUCCAGGAGAGGAGAGGGGGAGUUUUGCAACGUCACAACCUUCCCACCUGCCCCCUUCCACAUGAGCCUGCCUCCAGAGCCAAACCCAGCCAGUGGCCCAGCUCCAGACACUACAAUCGGAGGCAGUUUGGAGACACCCACCAGAACAUCCCCAAACCGGGCUUUACGAACAUCCAACCAAGUGUCCCGCUCAGGAGGAAAAGCCUCAGCCAGGAAGUCGGACAGAGGACAAUCAGGAGGGAAAUACUGAGAACUGGGGACCCCGGUGCAUGCUUGAGAGUGAGGUCUGCCGCUGAGCACAGGACCCAACCCAGUGUCACUCACUGGCUACCCCUCCCUGGGUGAGGCUGCAGCCUAGCCUGAACUGAGAUCCGGCUGUCCUGUCCGCAUGGCAGUCUUCCCGUCUGCUGGCCUUGGGGUACUUGCUCCUCCAGAGACCUGUCCCCAUCCUGAGACCAGCACCAGCUGGGAGUCCCGACUGGGGACACCAUUCCCCUCAGGUUCCUGCACCAUGUCUACAGAAGCCCAAGCCAUGGCAGAUCCCACUGGGCAGGGCCCCAAGAACCCACGUGUGUCCAGUGUGAUGGUGCAGCUGGAGAUGAAGCCACUGUGGGAAGAAUUCAACCAGCUGGGCACAGAGAUGAUUGUCACCAAAGCGGGCAGGAGGAUGUUCCCAACCUUCCAGGUGAAGAUCCUGGGCAUGGACACGCUGGCUGACUACGCUCUGCUCAUGGACUUCAUCCCUUUGGAUGACAAGAGAUACAGGUACGCCUUCCACAGUUCCGCCUGGCUGGUGGCAGGCAAGGCCGACCCUGCCACGCCUGGUAGGGUGCACUUCCACCCUGACUCGCCAGCCAAGGGUGCCCAGUGGAUGCGGCAGAUCGUGUCCUUUGACAAACUCAAGCUGACCAACAACCUGAUGGACGACAAUGGCCAUAUCAUCCUCAACUCCAUGCAUCGUUAUCAGCCCCGUUUCCAUGUGGUCUUCGUGGACCCACGCAAGGACAGCGCCCGCUAUGCCCAGGAAAACUUCAAGUCCUUUGUCUUCACAGAGACCCAGUUCACAGCCGUGACAGCCUAUCAGAACCACCGGAUCACACAGCUGAAGAUCGCUAGCAACCCCUUUGCCAAAGGCUUCAGAGAAGCUGACCCAGACUCAUGGACUGUGACCCCCCGGCCACUGCUCAGCAUCCCCACCCGGAGUCGUAGCAGCCUCGGUCCCUGCCUACUUAAGGGCUCUGCAGAACGAGAGAAAGAUACCAGUAAAGCUUCCGCUUCCAGCUCCAGGACCCCCACUCAGCCACACCAUCAGCUGCUGCCUUCCCCUGAUCUCCUGCUGGCCCCUGCCACCUACAGACCCCUCCCUUACCAGAACCUGUACCCUGGAUCCCCAAGCCAUGCCGGGUCCCCAAGAGCUCGGCUGGCACCUUACCCUCUCCCCAGCAUCAGCACUGCUGGGGAUCAGGAAGACACAACCCUCGCAGCAGGGCUGGGGCUCCUGCCCACCUCUGCCUUGUGCUUGGUGUCUAACCAAGCCUCGCAGUGAUGGCCAAGUGCACAACCCUCGCAGCAGGGCUGGGGCUCCUGUCCACCUCUGCCUUGUGCUUGGUGUCUAACCAAGCCUCGCAGUGAUGGCCAAGUGCUGUGGAAGCCCCUUUCCCCUGUGGCCCACCUCUCCUACCCUCCUCUGGAAGACAUCUCCUAAGGAGAACAGCGCAACUGGAAGCUCUGGCAGCAGAGGGUUCCUGCCUCAAAGCCAGUCUGGGGCCUGCCAGCCUUGGAAUCAGGCCUACUUCCUACUCAAAAGCCCUGAAUCUUGCCCUGCUGCCUCGAGGAUGCCUCCUCUAAAUCCUGCUUCGAAUGUCCUUCCCCCACAUUAAACUGCUUGACAACAGCAGUCACAGUACUUCUGUCCACAGGAACUCCCAGACCAGACAGUCCCAUCACCUUUAUAAGUCUCCAAGAGCUGGACCCAGAGCACAGGGUGAUAACUGACCACAUCAGCAAGGCUGCGGUUAGCCUGGUGUGUCCCCUAUUUUGUGCACCCAUAUAAGGAUGGAAGCGGCUCAGAGAGGUUUCAGCUCACAGUCACACAGCAAAGUACAGCUGACACUCGUCAUUCCAUUUA